AUGGCCAUGGUUAAUGUAACCAAGACUAAUUUGCAAAAAAUGAGAUAUGAAGGAUGGGAUUCUCAUAUGGAAAAGGUAAUUUCUUUUAUUGGUGACUAUGACAUUGCAGUUCCAGAUAUGGAGGCUAAAUAUGUUGUUCCUGGGAGGAGGUUGUUUAGAGGUAAAUGCCCACAAGUGUCUAAUCUACAUCAUUUUCGAGUUGAAGUUUUUUUUGGUGUCAUUGAUCUUCAAUUGCAAGAACUUGAAAAUCGAUUUCCCGAAAUAACUAAAGAACUACUUGUGUGUAUGUCUUGUUUGAGUCCUGUGGAUCGUUUUUCUAAGUUUGAUAAGGAAAAAUUGAUUAAGCUUGCAAAAUUCUGUCCUAAUGAAUUUCCAAGUUCAGAAUUGAUAGUCUUUGGUCAUACACUUGAGAGUUACAUUUGUUCUGUUAGAGGAGAUGAAAGGUUUUGGAAUUUGAAGGGUCUUAGUGAUCUUUCAAUCAAAUUGGUUGAAACGGGAUUGUCUGAAACUCAUGAUAGGGUCUAUUUACUUUUGAAGUUGGUGUUGCUUCUUCCUGUCGCAACGGCAAGUGUGGAAAGGAAUGAUUUGUUUUUGAAUGUUAGCAUGGAAGAUAUCAUGAAUCGAUAUCAAAACAUGAAAACUCGUCGAGAACUAUUGUAA